GCGGGAAGCCGAAUGUAAACAGGAGUGUUCGGGUUCCUGAAUUUCCUCGUUUUGGUUGUUUCACUGCAGUCAAAGACGCUGCGGCUCGUUGGUUUUAAACACGAUGGUUCAGAUAUUUAUACGGGGCAGCGUGGACGGCCGCCGCCCUCCGGAGUGGCUGCUGGUGGAGCUGCAGGGAGAGAUGGUGUCCAGACACAACUCUGGCCUGGCGGGAAACGUGAUGGGAGACCUGCUCUACACCAAGGAGGGGGUGCCGGUGCUGAUCGUAGGACAUCACAUUCUCUACGGGAAGCAGGUCAAACUAGAGAAGCCCUUCGCCGUCCUCACCAAGCACUCGGGACAUUCGGAGGACAGUGACGCUGACGGUCUCAGUCAGGUUACCGCGGAAUCAGACCAGCAAGGACCCGCCUCCUCCUCUUCCUCCACGUCUUACUCUGUGUCCGCGCUCAUCAAACGCAAACUGAUCUUUAAAACUCGUCCCAAACCCAUCAUCACAAACGUGCCCAAGAGGGUGUAGAAGGACACCUGCCGGUCUCUGUCUUCUGCUCAGGCUGGUCCAAACUGGUCCGAGGCACCGAUUUGGACAGAAAACUGAUUUUAAUCGCUGGUUUGGGUUUGAAAUGCUGCUUUGUGAGGUUGUCUGGAUUUGAGCGUUUUGUUUUUUACAACUAAUCAAAUGUUUUCUGACUGCAACAGAAACGGCAGCAGCUGUUAUGAUUGUUGACACAUAAUGUGUUGGUUUUUUUUUUACACAUGGUGUAAUCUUUUUCCUGUACUUAGUUCAUUUCCAAUUCAAUUCAGUUUGUUUCAAUCACAGUAAUUGCGUUGCCAGCCACAUGUAUAGGCAGCGCUAAUGAGCCGUAAAAUAAACUGAAUAACCUAAA